GUCCAGCAUGAAAAAACUCUGCACCAGGUUUGAAAUCUCACCCCAUCCUCCAGUGUAAGAUGCUUAGAAGCACAACAGCUUUUUGAAUUGAAGUCCCUGUGUUUCCCGGGAAGUAGCUGUAAGAGAGGCAGAGGCAGGGAUGGCAUCAGGAGACUCUGGGGCCCCCGCUCCUUUCUGAGUCAAACAGGGGUCACCAGCGGACUCGGACAGAUCACCAGCAACACAUCAGAGCAUGCCCUCUGAAUAAGACCAUGGCACUUAAGAAAAUUAACUACCUGCUCAUCUUCUACCUCAGUUUCUCACUGCUCACCUACAUAAAAAAUUCCUCUGGCAAUAAAAAUGACACCAGGUGCCUCGCAAGUUCUUGCCGAAACAAUUCUACAUGCAGUAAUACUUCAAAGGACAACAGUUGCCACUGUUCGGACACAGCGAUUGAUUUGGACAAAGACUGUGACAACACGAAAGACCCAUGCUUCUCCAAUCCCUGUCAAGGAAAUGCCACGUGUGUGAAUACCCCAGGAGAAAGGAGCUUUCUCUGCAAAUGUCCCCCUGGUUUUAGUGGGACAACCUGUGAAACUGCCCUUGUUUUCUGUGGCACAAGCUCCUGCCAACACGGAGGUGUUUGCCAUCAGGACCCUGUUCACCCCGUCUGCAUCUGCCCAGAAGGAUAUGCUGGAAGAUUCUGUGAAAAGGGUCAUGAUCCGUGUGCUUCCAGCCCUUGCCACAACGGAGCCGUGUGCCAGGACGGAAUGAAUGGCUAUUCCUGCUUCUGUGUCCCAGGAUAUCAGGGCAGGCACUGUGAGCUGGAAGUGGAUGAAUGUGUCUCAGAUCCCUGCAAGAAUGAAGCUACAUGCCUCAAUGAGAUAGGAAGAUACACUUGUAUCUGCCCCCGUGAUUAUUCUGGUGUGAACUGUGAAAUGGAAGUUGAUGAAUGUUGGUCCCAGCCCUGCCUAAAUGGUGCAACCUGUCAUGAUGCUCUGGGGGCUUAUUUCUGUGACUGUCCCACUGGAUUCCUUGGUGAUCACUGCGAACUCAGUACUGAUGAAUGUGCCAGUCAGCCGUGUCUCCAUGGAGGGCUGUGCAUAGAUGGACACAAUAGCUAUAGCUGUAACUGCAUGGAUAGUGGAUUCACAGGGACACAUUGUGAGACCCUGAUGCCUCUAUGUUGGUCAAAACCCUGUCACAAUAAUGCUACAUGUGAGGACAGUGAUGACAAUUACACUUGUCACUGCUGGCCUGGAUACACAGGUGCCCACUGUGAGACUCACAUCAAUGAAUGCAACAGUAACCCCUGCCACUCUGGUGGGGUGUGUGUGGAGCUGUCCUCAGAGAAACAAUACGGACACAUUGCUCAGCUGCCUUCUUCAUUCAGCUACCCUGAAGCCUCAGGUUAUCUUUGUAUCUGUCCCCCUGGACUCACAGGAAUCCACUGUGAAGAAGACAUUGAUGAAUGCUCUUCAAACCCUUGCCAAAAUGGUGGUACUUGUGAGAAUUUGCCUGGCGAUUAUACUUGCCAUUGCCCAUUUGAUAACCAGUCGGGAACAUUUUACGGAGGAAGGAACUGUUCUGAUCUUUUCCUGGGCUGUACCCAUCACCAAUGUCUAAAUAAUGGAAUAUGUAUCCCUCACUUCCAAAAUGGCCAGCAUGGAUUCAGCUGCCUAUGUCCUUCUGGCUUUACUGGAUCGCUGUGUGAAAUUGUCACCACACUUUCUUUUGAGGGCAAUGGCUUCCUGUGGAUCACAAGUGGCCCAGUUACAGCCAAGGGCUUCGUUUGUAACAUAGCCCUCAAGUUUCAGACUGUUCAGCCAAUGGCACUUCUACUUUUCCGAGGCAACGGGGACAUGUUUAUAAUGCUGGAGUUGCUAAGUGGCUACGUUCACUUGUCAAUUCAAGCCAAUAAUCAGUCAAAGGUGCUCUUGUACAUUUCCCAUAACACCAGUGAUGGAGAAUGGCACUCAGUGGAGGUGAUGUUUGCAGAGGCUGUGACCCUUACUUUACUUGACAACUCUUGUAAGGAGAAGUGCAUCAGUAAAGCUCCUUCUCCAUUUGAAAACGAUCAAUCAACAUGUGCUUUUCAAAACUCCUUUUUGGGUGGUUUACCGGUGGAAACGAGCAGCAAUGGCCUUGCUCUGCUUAACAUCUAUAAUAUACCAUCCACACCUUCAUUUGUAGGCUGUCUCCAAGACAUUAAAAUUGAUUCAAAUCGUAUUACUCCAGGGAACAUUUCAUCUGGCUCAUCAUUAAAUGUCAAGGCAGGCUGCGUGAGAAAGGAUUGGUGUGAAAGACAACCUUGUCAAAAUAGAGGACGCUGCAUCAACUUGUGGCUUAAUUACCAAUGUGAUUGCUACCGGCCCUACAAAGGCCUGAAUUGCCUGAGAGAGUAUGUAGCAGGCAGAUUUGGCCAGGAUGAUUCCACUGGAUAUGCUGUUUUUAAUCUUGACAAGAGUUAUGGAGACAACUUCACCAUCUCCAUGUUUGUUCGAACACAUCGACCAUCGGGCUUACUUCUAGCUUUGGAAAACAGGACUUCUCAAUACAUCCGUGUUUGGCUAGAGCAUGGCAGACUAGCAAUGCUACAUCCAGGUUCUUCCAAAUUAGUAGUGACAUUUGUUCUUAGUGAUGGAAAUGCCCACUUGAUAUCUUUGAAAAUCAAGCCAAAUAAAAUUGAACUCUACCAGUCUUCACAAAACCUAGGAUUUAUUUCUGCCCCUACAUGGAAAAUCCAAAAAGGAGAUGUCAUCUACAUUGGUGGCCUGCCUGACAUACAAGAGACUGAAGCUAAAGGUGGUUUCUUCAAAGGCUGUAUCCAAGAUAUAAGAUUAAACAACCAAAAUCUUGAAUUCUUCCCAAAUUCAACAAACAAUGCAUCCCACAAUCCAGUUCUUGUCAAUGUGACCCAAGGCUGUCCUGGAGACAACAUGUGCAAGUCCAACCCCUGUCACAAUGGAGGUGUUUGCUAUUCCCUGUGGGAUGACUUCUCCUGUUCCUGCCCUGCGAACACAGCUGGGAAAGCCUGCGAGGAAGUUCAGUGGUGUCAGCUCAGCCCGUGUCCUCCCAAAGCCCAGUGCCAGUUGGUGCCUCGAGGAUUUGAAUGUAUUGCAAAUGCUGUUUUUAAUGCACAAAGCAGUGAAAUAUUAUUCAGGAGCAAUGGGAAUAUUACCAGAGAACUCACCAAUAUCACAUUUGGUUUCAGAACAAGGGAUGCAAAUGUGGUCAUAUUGCACGCAGAGAAGGAGCCUGGAUUUCUUAAUAUUAGCAUUCAAGAUUCCAGAUUGUUAUUUCAAUUGCAAAGUGACAACAGUUUUUAUAUGUUGAGUCUUACAAGUGUGCAGUCCGUGAAUGAUGGCAUAUGGCACCAAGUGACUCUUUCCAUGACAGACCCACUGGCCCAGGCCUCCAGGUGGCAAAUGGAAGUGGAUAACCAAGCACCUUUUGUGAUCAGUGCAGUUGCUACUGGAAGCCUCAACUUCCUGAAGGAUGAUACAGACAUUUAUGUGGGUGACCGAGCUGUUGGCAAUACACAGGGCCUGAAAGGGUGUCUCAGUACAAUAGAAAUCAGUGGCAUUUAUCUCUCUUACUUUGAAAAUGUUCAUGGUUUCACUAAUAAACCCCAAGAAGAGCAGUUUCUCAAAAUCUCUAUAAAUUCAGUGGUUACUGGCUGUUUGCAGUUAAAUGCCUGCAACUCCAACCCCUGUUUGCAUGGAGGAAGUUGUGAAGACAUCUACAGCUCUUAUCACUGCUUAUGUCCCUUGGGAUGGUCAGGGACACGCUGUGAACUCAACAUCGAUGAAUGCUUUUCAAACCCCUGUAUCCAUGGCAACUGCUCCGACAGAGUGGCAGCCUAUCACUGCAGGUGUGAGCCUGGAUUCACCGGUGUGAACUGUGAAAUGGAUAUAGACAAUUGCCAGAGUCACCAGUGUGCAAAUGGGGCCACCUGCAUCAGCGACACCAAUGGCUAUUCUUGCCGUUGUUUUGGAAACUUCACAGGAAAAUUUUGCAGACACACGAGAUUACCCUCAACAGUCUGUGGGAAUGAGAAGACAAAUCUCACUUGCUACAGCGGAGGCAACUGCUCAGAGUUCCAGGGCGAAUUAAAAUGUCUGUGCCCGCCAGGUUUUACUGGGGAAUGGUGUGAAAAGGACAUCGAUGAGUGUGCCUCUGAUCCCUGCUUCAAUGGAGGUCUGUGCCAGGACCUGGUCAACAAGUUCCAGUGCCUCUGUGAUGUCGCCUUUGCUGGUGAACGCUGUGAGGUAGAUUUGGCAGAUGACCUGGUCUCGGACAUUUUCACCGCCGUCGGCUCAGUGAUGUCAGCCUUGUUGUUGAUCCUCUUUCUGGCGGUGGUUGCUUCCGUUAUUGCCUCCAACAAAAGGGCAACUCAGGGAACCUACAGCCCCAGCCGUCAGGAAAAGGAAGGCUCUCGAGUGGAAAUGUGGAGCAUGAUGCCACCCCCUGCAGUGGAGAGGCUGAUUUAGGAGCAUCUGUCUCCUCGAGAAAGAGAUCUACACACUCGUGAACGUGAUGACUGUAUCUGAGCGUCUUUCCGACAUACCUGAACAUAUCAAUUUACAACUGGGGUCUCAUUGAAACAGUGGGGAAGAUUCCUCUGGCCUCCUUAAAGCCUUUCAUGGUGGCUCAACCUGACCUCAUUGUUUUAUUAUAUUAGCCAGUGACAGAGCAAUGUUUUCGUGCCAGUGAUCUCAGUCUCAUAAUUAGCAAAAGUAUCUUCCAGAGCAGUGUCUUCUGGGAAAAAGCUCCAGUCACUUAGUGUCUGGAUAGUUAAGUGCCUAUCACUUAAACUUUUUACCCCUUACAUCCUGGGGACACCUUCCUUAGUUUGCUCAUUAGCUGGAAACCGCAUUUUUUUUAACACGAAAACUACAAAAUACAUUUCUCAAUCUUCCUAUCCUAUGGUGAAAGAUUUUAGUUGUAUGUAUACCUACGAUGAGAUGUAUACUUUUCCCCUUUAAUCAUGGGUUCAAGAAAGCCAUGGGAAUAACCUAUGUUUAAAAAGUGACCCAACAUCAGCUAAUAAAAAUGGAAAUGUGGCUAAUCUC